AGGUAAGCAAAUUUUUGUCGCCACACGUUACAUUAAAAAAAACAUUUGUAUAGCUCACGCGAUUAUGCACGCGUGGUUGGUUAUAAUGUAUUAAUUUAACGCGCGUGUUACACAUCACGAGAUAAAAAAAAACAAAACAUAACCCUAGAAAGAUCUCUCCACUUGAUGAUCUCUUCUCUUCCUUGUCCGAAAAAAAAAUCCACUUUCCACAACCAAACUCCGAUUGUUUCGCAGUUUUCUAUCGAGACAGAGAUGGCAUCCUUUAAGAUGAUGUCUUCUUCCACAUCCCGAAACUCCGAUCUCUCUCGCCGUAACUCCUCCUCCGCCUCGUCUUCUCCCACCGUAAGAUCCAACCAUCUCAGACGAGAUCCUCACGCCGAUCACUCCAGGAUCAGUUUCGGCUACGGAGGAGGGAACGACGCGACGCUUCACGAUUACAAUUUCGCGUCUGAUUCGUUGGAUGUUGAUCGGAGCAACGGAGACAGGAACAGUGUUAACGGAGGAGGGAGGAAGAGUGUGGACGACGUCUGGAAAGAGAUUGUGUCGGGAGAGAAGAAGACGGUCAUGAAGGAGGAGGCGCAAGAUGAGUAUAUGAUGACGCUUGAAGACUUCUUAGCGCAAGCAGCGGAGAUGGACGGUAAUGAUGAUGAAAUCGAUGUGAAGAUUCCGAUGAGUCUCUCCGGUACAUUCGAUUAUCCGAUGAUGCCUCAGCAGAACAAUCAAGUUGAGAUGGUUGAAGGAUCGACGAGGAGAAAGAGAGGGAGAGUGAUGGUGGAGGCGAUGGACAAAGCAGCGGCGCAGAGGCAGAAGAGGAUGAUCAAGAACCGUGAGUCUGCUGCGAGGUCGAGAGAGAGGAAACAGGCUUAUCAAGUGGAGCUUGAGACUUUGGCUGCGAAGCUUGAGCGAGAGAACGAGCAGCUUUUGAAAGAGAUUGAAGAGAAGACCAGAGAGAGAUACAAGAACCUUAUGGAGCAGUUGAUUCCUGUUGAUGAUGAGAAACGAAAACCAUCUUCGUCGUCGUCGAGGUCGUUAAGCAGGAGCCACUCCUUGGAAUGGUAAAGAGAGUUAUUUAAUUAAUGUCUUUUGGUAAGUGGUGAAAUAAUGAUUUGAUGUAGUAUGGCUUUUGUAUGUAAAUAAAACAUAUGGACUUGGUUACUAUAUAAUAAAUAUGUAAUCGAUAUAGUAACGUGAUGGUUAUUUGGUUAGUGCUAUCUAUAUAGUUCUUACCUUUA